GACAGAGUCUACCAUCCUUCAGCAGGACUUCAGAGCGACUGCGAGUUUUGCAUUGUGCCGAGCCUAGGUGCUUACUCCAUCCUCAUGCUGUCAAGUGGUGACGCCCCGGGUCAUUAAAGUCGCUACUGAGGCUUAGUUGGUGGUUGCUGUGACUGCUCCGCAUCGAUGCUGUGCCGGGACCCAGCUUCGCCUCCAUGGGAUUCUUUGACAGGUCCAAGAAGGUGAAAAAGGAGUCGCCGGCGGCCAGGCCCCGGGAUGCAAGACGAGCACCGGUCCCAACCCGGCCAGCGCCGCCGCCGCCGCCGCGUCAGGUCCCGCUGAACUGGGCUCCCGCUGGCCUUCACCCGCAGCCUGCAGCACACCAGUCGGUCGGGUUUCUUCCUCCACCUCCUGGCUGGAAUGGGGGAUCGCAGCCUCAAGUCUCGUGUCCGUCCGGAGCGUAUCCUCCCAUUAUUGUGAACCAACACCAUUACUACCUCGCCGCCCCACCGCCUCAUCUUCUGAGGGCUCAGGUUCCAGUUCGGCCGAACAUUGACAGCACGCCGCUCGGCAAACUUGACCUCGACUCCGCGCUAGACUUGGCCAAAGACGUAUGUCAGGCGACCGGCAUGCCGCGGCUGCUGGAGGAUGCCCUACCGCGAUGGCACGGCUGCGGCAACCAGCUGGUCAGCCAAGGCAGUGCCUUGGUGAAUGAGAUAUCCGACCGCUUCGACAGCGUCUUGACCAUGAUUGACCAAGGGGGUUACGAUGGCAAAGAGGGGGACAUCUUUGCUUGGCAGCCAACGCAAGCAGCGACCCAGAGGCCUAUACCAGCACCCCCGCCACCCGCUCCGGUCCCGUCGGGGAGGCCGGUAGCCAACAGAGGCAUGCCCCAGUCCAGUAAGAGAGGCGCCAGGACGGAACACCCCAAGGGCCAGACAACGGCGGCGACAGCCAUGGCUUCGGAGAGCUUCUUUGCCAAGGUCGACAAGUACGCCAACUCGAGGCUGCCCAUGAACUUGCCCCCUCUGAAGCUGUACAUUCCCACGUACCCGCUGAUCUGCCUGGCCGCGCAAUACUCGGAGAGAGUCUACGAGCCUCCCGUUGGGCGAGCAGAGCGGGAUGCCCGUGUCGAGGCGGACUGGCGUACGGGCACCAAAGCCAUGGUCAUCAAAUCGGUGCCCAUGGACGACGCCAACACCAUCGUCUUUGCCAUCCGGGGAACUGCCACUUUCAUGGACUGGGCUGUUAACCUCAACAUGGAACCGACAUCACCCGCGGGCUUCCUGGACGACCCCGGCAACCUCUGCCACGCCGGCUUUCUGUCGGUCGCCCGUAAGAUGAUAGCCCUGGUGGCGCGACGCCUCCGCCAGCUGCUCGAGGAAGACACCCGGCGAGCGUCGUCCUCGCUCCUGAUCACCGGCCAUAGCGCAGGCGGGGCGGUCGCCGCGCUAUUGUACAGCCACAUCCUUUCCACGUCGCGCGCCGCCGAGAGCGAGCUCCGCGCGGUGGCAGGGUGCUUCAAGCGCGUCCACUGCAUCACCUUCGGCACGCCGCCGGUCAGCCUGCUGCCGCUGGCGAAGCCCACCGACUACGUCCGAUGCCCGCAGGCGCGCAAGAGCGUCUUCCUCAGCUUCGUCAACGAAGGCGACCCCGUGACGCGCGCCGACCGGGCGUACGUGAAGAGCCUGCUGCAGCUGUUCGCCGCGCCGGCGCCGCGCAUCGCCACUCCCACCACCGAGUCGAAGCCGCCAUCGUCGUCAGACAAAAAACCGCGGCGACAGGCCAACAACAAGCCGGCCAGCAAGACCUCCGCUACACCACCACCGCCACCACCAGCAGCCGCAAACAAGUCAAGAACAGCAAAAAAGCCAGCAGCAGCAGCAGCAGCAGCACUCCCAACCUGGCCUGUCCCGCCGUGCACGCUCAGCUGCGCGGGACAGAUCGUGGUGCUGCGGUCGGGCGACCCGCGGGCGGCAGGGCUGCGGGGCGGGCGGCACAAGGCGGCGACGGUGGCGGCGCGGCUGCGCGAGGGCGUGGUCGCGCAGGUCGCCACGGACGCGCAGCUCCGGGGCGUCGUGUGGGGGGACCCCGUGGCGCACAUGAUGCGGCUGUAUGCGGGCCGCGUCGAGGUGCUUGCUGUCGCGGCUGUUACGGGGCGGCUGGGGGGGUGAGUUUUGAAGGGGAAGGAGGGUUGAGUGAGAGGAGGAUGGUAAUUACGCUGUGUGUCACGGUGGAUGGCAUGGAAUGGGACGGCGACAUUUGCUUGCCCUGGCUUUGUGAUGAUACCUGUACCUUACCUUGUAGGGAGUUUGGGUUGGGGUUCGGGAUGUACCUAUGCUUGGUUUGCUUCUUGGGAGCCAGCCGGAAUGUGCUUCUUCUGAUUCCAGGUCGCCAGACAUUGCGGACAAUCGGAUUUCAAUCUGAGGUCGUGUCCAACAGAC